AUGCAAGCUCAGCUGGUUGAUGUUGUUUCUAUCGAAGCAUCGAGCGCCGCCUUUGCUGCCAUUCGCAGCGAUGGGCGGGUGGUCGCAUGGGGUGACAGACAAUUUGGCGGCGACUGCUGCUCUGUGAGGGAUCAGCUGAUCCAAGUGCAGAGCAUCACUGCAUCUCGGGCUGCCUUUGCGGCGCUGAAGGCAGACAACACAGUGGUCGUCUGGGGCCACGAGCAGUAUGGAGGCACGCUGAGCCUGCAGAUCCGCCCACAGCUUAAUCAUGUCAACCUGAUCACAGCCACGGAGUUCGCCUUUGCAGCUUUGAGAAAGGAUGGUGACUUGGGCAAUCCGGUGGAGGGUGGCGAUAGCCAAUCAAUCAAGGACAAGCUGCGAGGCGUGCAGCAGAUUGAGGCUUCAUCGGGUGCCUUCCUAGCCAUCCGUUCAGACGGUAGUGUGGUUUGCUGGGGCAAUUCCGACACGGGCGCCUACACCAAGCCAGUUGACAAGUACCUCAAAGAUGUCCACAGCAGCGGGACACCACCGAAAUGA